GUCAGUGAGUGAAAAUGGCAGGGGCUGGAGGUCCCCAUAGUGCUAACUCUCCCUGUAAUUUAUCUAGAAGUUUAGAUAGAAUACUUUCCGACGCUCAGGCAACAUGUGAAUUAAAACUUAGUGGUCGAAAGUUAAAGGAAUACCCUAAAGGUGCUGCGAAAUACAAUCUAAGUGAUACAGUCGUUGCAGAUUUAUCUAAAAAUAGGUUUAGUGAGAUACCCGGGGAGGUGACGGACUACGCCUCCCUAGAGCAACUUAGCCUCUACCAGAAUGUGAUCAAAAACCUCCCUGAGUCCGUGGCCAGCCUCCAGUCCCUCACACACCUCAACCUCAGCCGUAACCAGCUGUCCACUUUGCCGGGGUGUGUGUGUGCCCUGGGGGCCCUCAGGGUACUCGACGUGUCCGGUAACCGCCUGGUGAGUCUACCUGAAGAAGUGGGCCACCUGCAGAGCCUCAUGGACCUGGACGCCUCCUACAACCACCUGGCUCACCUGCCUCCUGCCCUGGGUGAGCUGAACACCCUCAAACGUCUCAACCUCCGCCGUAACCUUCUUCAGUCGCUUCCUGCAGAAUUAUGUUUCCUACGAUUGGUGUUGAUGGACCUGAGCAGUAACAGGAUAGCGACCUUACCCACUGAACUACGCUUCAUGUCCUCUCUCGUCACUCUCACGUUAGACAAUAAUCCUCUCCAGCACCCUCCCGCUAAUCUUUGUACGAGAGGGCGGGUUCAUAUUUUUAAAUGGUUAGAGAUGGCGGCGGCGAAAGAGGACAAGAAGAGAGGCAUUUUGACGACCGAAAUAGAGUUCCGAAAACUGCAGUUAAGAAAGCCAUCAUCUUGCACUGAUUUCAGGGAGGUUGAGGACUCUCCGUCAGAGGUCACCAAGGAAAAUUUAGAGGGUGUGGGUUCCUCUCCAGCCGACGUGGGGUGGUCGGUACCUCUCCUGCGUAGUGUCGUGGCCAUGGUAGUUGUAGUACUUGUAACCUAUGACUAUUAUAAGAUGCUGAGGUUUGUGAACGGGUUCUUUGAUCCCCGUCACAAGCGUAGUACGAUGGAUAGCGGGUAUAGUACGUGUGAGAGUGUUGACCAGAGAUGGUCGCAGGAAAGUCAAGAGAGCUUGGAAUACGAAGACCCACGUAAGCUGGCUGUUAGGGCUGCAGCUUGUACCAAGGAACAACGACAAGAACGGGGCCGUAGUGGCCCUCCGUCUCGACCGGUCAAUGGCAUACCCAACGGGGGCAUUAGUCCAGGGAUGAACGGCUCUCAGACGAAUAUCGGGCAGGGAGUGAAUGGCUCGGGUUACGGAACACAACAGACGGGGGAACUUGCCACCAGUGGUUUGUCAACACCGAGCACACUGAGUCCUGGGGAUGGCUUCAACUUAGAGGAUGAGUUCAACAAGGCCCUGAAGAUGAGACAGGACUAUGAGAACAUUUAUGGGAAUGAUCAUUCACCAAUAAAAGAAAAUCAAAGCAACAGUGGUGCUAUUUGGAAUGUUGGGAGUAGCAGCCACAGCAGCAGCCACAGCAGCAGCAACAGCAACCACAGCAGCAGCAGCAACGGGGGCAUCACCCUUCGCCAUCCCCCUGAGCCCCCCCAUCCCCAUAACCCCGAUCCUGGAGGGGGCUACAUCCCCCCCAACCACCCCUCCUCCCAACAUUCCCACGCCCACGUUCCCACCUACAGAGAGUAUGUUGAAGCAAAAUUACAAAAGAGGGCAAUGGAAAACAAUAAUAUCUAUAGACGACAAGCAGAUGGAAGUGCACCUUCAGCUGAAAAUGGAACACACAGAUCAGUGGAAAAUUUAUCCCACCGAACCGACGUUGCAACACACCCUCGACCGAAUCCGAUGGGGGCUUCAAAACCUUGCAAUGGCCUUGAUGGAUAUUCUCAGAGGUUGCCUAGUCAACCACGACCACAAGACCUCAGUCGGGAGGACAUGACGCGAGCAGACGUCAAGACUAUACAGAAGGAAGCUGUCUUGUCUUAUAUAAAGUCUCGUGUCAGUCCUAGUAAAGGGUCUUCCUCCAAUUCACCGGAUGUGAGCUUUGAUUCUGGAGAUGGUUCUUCCUACCCUGCCAGCCAUACCAAUCCCUCUCAUCCCCAACACACACUGCCACACGCCAACUAUUCGUCUAGUCCAUACCCCAGCCAAACUAUUAAUUAUGCAGUUAGUGCACCCCAAGUAUCCAGUACACCUUACACAAGUAGUAGUAGUAACCUAUAUUCAAGCACAGGCCACCACACGUCCACACUACCCCCCCAGACCACCGCCGGUACCUAUACCACCCGAGGAAGCACGAGUUCAUUACCCAAGGCUCCCACCACAGUCAAGGCCAGAAAACGAAGCGGUGGAGGACGACCCUUUGAUCCAGACUCCUCUCCUGCCCAUCUUAGUUUCACAUAUAGACGGGAAUUGGAGAAGCAGCAACACGAGAAACAAUUGAUUGAAAAUUUAAGAAAUAUCAUAGAAACAAGAUUGAAAGUAUCGCUGCCAGCAGAUAUGUCGGCAGCCUUAAUGGACGGAGUGGUCCUCUGCCACUUGGCCAACCACGUCCGUCCCAGAUCUGUUUCCUCCAUCCAUGUUCCAUCCCCAGCUGUGCCAAAACUGACAAUAGCCAAGUGCAGACUAAAUGUUGAGAACUUCCUGGAGGCGUGCAGAAAGAUCGGUGUUGAGGAUGAAUACACCUGCACUGCUCAUGAUAUUCUGGAAGAAAGGGGAACAGUCCGUGUGGCCAUCACAGUUGAGAGACUCCUUCAGUUUUAUCAAGGACGCCACACUCCCAUGUCUCCACGAAAUCAGACUCCAGUAUGACACCUCCCUUGAUCUCGCUCUCUUUAUACCCCCAGUAUUACCUUGAGUAACUACAAUCCAUCAAUUUCUGGGAUAACUGUAUAGUACAGUGUAACUCAGCUUCCAAUAAUCCAAUGAGGAAAAUGCUUAUAAGCAGUCCUAGGAAUUGAUAUCUUACCCCAUCAGCAGGUGUAAUCCCAAGUCACUUAAAAUAUGUUAAUUCCAGAAAGUACAUAUUCUUCCAUGUAUAUCCCUUUAGAUGUCAUGACAUUUAAAGGAAACCUUGAGUUUGUCAUUGGUAAAUGCUAGUUUACCUUUUGACAGUAAUACUGUGCUUCCCUUGCUUCCUUUCUUUCAAGCCAAAGGCAAUUAUCAUCCUCAGCCAGUGAAGUCUGCUGUUGUAUAUUAUGAAUUUGUCAUAUAUCGAUCAUCUAUUACUUGUGUUCUUUCAUUACUGUUGAGUAAUCACUCGCCAUGACCCAUUUGCUCACUUUUCUUCAAUCAUUCCUAAGUUAAUUUUAUACAUAAAGCUGUGGUGUGCUUUUAAAGUGUUCCUUUAGUCAUGUUUUAUAUUUUAAUUUGAACACAGCUCUCUCAGCAUUGUACACACAAGUUUGUGCUUGCUACUUAUCAGUUGAGAAUCGGCAAUUACCUGUCCAGCAGAUUAAUAUAAGAUAGAAACAGUCCAUUGUGUAGUUUUUCUAAUGUGUGUGGAUGGUACGUGGAGCCACAGAAGAGUGUUCCUGUCAUCAGUAACACUUCCCUGGGUCAUCCAUCUGAUCACUUAAACAAAUCGGUGUAAGUCAUAAAAAUUUCUUAUCUUAAAUACUGUAAUUCUUUUCAUAAAAUUAAAUACAUAAGAAGUUGGAGAAAAAGUAGAGGUAACUUGAAAGGCACAAAUCUCAAGAUGUCAUGUGAUUUUUUUUCUUCUUUGCUUAUGCAUCAGUUGCAAAUACAAUAGAUGUCCAUUUUAUAUGCUUGUUUUAUAUUUAUUUUUAUUUCUGUACAAUUAUCUUGUACAAGGUAUAUUAUACCUCAAGGUUACUUGCUAAAUCUCUCUAUUUACUGGUAAUGCAUUUAAUUUGUUCAAGGUUCUUGUUAUUUAGUGAUGUUCCCAACCUUUUUUUUUUAUUAUUAUUCCUUUUAAAUCUCGCAUGAUGUUGGUAUUUGAGCUGGUCAAGAGUGCAAUAUAUUUUUACAUUUUUAAGACAUUGGUACUUAAUGGAUAAAUUUAUCCAAUGCUACAAGAACCUGAUUGUUUUUCUACUGUGACCUCUAAAUGUUGCUGAUAUGUUACAAUUUACGCAUGUUAUAUACAUCUUAUAUGUUAAAUGAUAAAAUGUAAAUAUAUGGUUCAGUUCAUUACAUAUUAUACAUUUCAGCUCAACUUCCAUUUGAUGUAAAAUGUGUAGACGAUGCUGUGUUUGUAGAUGAAUGUAAAUAGGAAAUAAAUAUUCACCAAAGAAAUAUA